UUGAGAGUUUUAUUAUAUAUAGAGCUGCGUGGCGGAGUGCGUGCGGUAAUUAAAGAGAAAAGAGAAUGACUGUUGUUGCUAAGCUUGUCUCCAUCCUCCUCCUCCUCCUCUGUCUGGUCCGACGAGGGGAAACUGAUGGAAUAUUGCCUGAAGAUGAAGUAUAUGCUUUGAGAGCAGUGAUAUCUAGUUUGGGAUUGGCUCCGGCACCUUCCAUUUCAUCCUCGUAUUGUGCAUGGAAUCCUGGUCGUGCUUACAGUAUUUACAUUAUAUGUGACUGCAAUUAUGAUAACGGAACCAUUUGUCAUAUCACCCGAAUAACCACAGCCAGCAUAGACUUGAGCGGUGGAGGUAUCCAUGAAAGUAUCUCUCAACUUAAGUAUCUUGAGUUUCUAGAUCUUGGAAACAAUCAAUUGUCUGGUUCCAUACCAGAUACCAUAGGAGACCUGCAGGCUCUACAAACUCUUAGGAGAACUCUCUGUUUUACCAAUGAACUUUACAGCAAUUUGUACAAGAACUUGCUCACAGGCCCAAUACCUCCAUCUUUAGGGAAGUUAUCAUCCCUUAAAGAACUUAGAUUGUACAGGAACUUGCUGUCAGAUGAAAUCCCUAAGCAAUUGGGCAGCCUAUCAAAACUGGAGACAUUGAGACUGGAACAAAAUCAACUCAGUGGUCAUAUUCCACUGGAACUUGGAAACUUGUUAAGCCUUAAGCAACUGACAUUGGAUGAGAAUCGACUGAACGGCACUCUUCCAGGAGAACUUGGAAAUUUGGGGUAUCUUCUAGAAUUUGAUGUCAGUUCCAACAAUCUAACAGGGGAAUUGAACCAAAGCUUUGCAAGACUAAGAAGUCUCAACUUUUUUUCUGUAGCUGGAAACAAUUUGACUGGUCAAAUACCCAACUAUAUUGCAAAAUGGAGUGGACUCGUUAGCUUGAAUCUCAUAGGAAAUGAAUUUGAAGGAAAGCUGCCUGAAGAGAUUUUUAACAUGGAAAAUCUUGAAGUUUUGAAGGUUAGUGACCUCAGAAACACUGGUUUCUCUAUCCCAAAAGAAGCAAAACUGCCAAAAAUAUAUAAUAUGGUUUUAAGGAAUUGCUCAAUUAAUGGUUCAAUCCCAGAUGACAUUGGUAAAUGGCCAUCACUGAGAUACCUUGACUUGAGCUUUAACAACUUAACUGGUGAGAUUCCUGGAAAGUUCAAGGAUCUAAAAUUAAGCACAUUGUUUCUCAAUAGGAACAUGCUUAAUGGAACCCUUCCUCGCUGGAUUUCCGACGCUGUGGAUACGAGACUGGACUUGACAUAUAACAAUUUUUCAAAGCCCCUCACAGAACAAAAAAAUCCUGUGCAACAGCUAAACAUUUCUCUCUCUAGGGAUGACAUACUUGCAAUGAGAGAUGAACAUUGUGGGGACAAAUCAAAAUACAAUUCCCUGUUCAUCAAUUGUGGAGGUCCGAAGCUAAAAGAAGAAGGACAUGAAUACGACGAAGAUAAUUCCACCUCAACCUUUGGUAAAGAUCGAGACGGGAAGUGGGUGUAUACAUGUUCUGGCCAUUUCUUGUCAACAACCAGCAAUUCAAGUGAUUAUCUCAAAAACAUGACCUGUGGAGUUUCUGAGAAUUCUUUGUACAGAACAGGUCGUCUUUGCCCUGUUGCUUUAUCAUAUUACGCCUUCUGUUUACAUGAUGACCAGUACAACGUCACCCUUCACUUUGCUGAAACUGUUUACACAAAGGAAGAAGAUUACAGCAGUCUAGGAAAACGUAUUUUCGAUGUCUAUAUUCAGGGGAAGUGUCGGCAAAAGGAUUUUGAAAUAAAGGGAUGGAGUGGGGGUCCAAAUCAAGAAAUGACUCUAGAGUUUCCUUAUACAAACGUGCAAGACAAUUUGUUGCAGAUACAUUUGUAUUGGGCUGGCAAAGGAUCUCUCAACAACCCACCUGCUCUCAAUGGACCGCUUCUGUCAGCCAUUUCUGUGAUUCCAAGUAAACCUCCCGGCAAGAAGUUAACCCCUGGACAAAAAGCAGUGAUUAUAAUGGUCUCUGUUUUCACUCCCUUGCUUCUGUUGGCUUUCGUCUGGAAAAUGGGCUGGUUGCCGAGCAGGGAGUGGGAUGAGAAAAAGAUACGGGUCCAAACUAAAGAUGGAAAAGAAAGGUAUGUUUCUCUUAGGGAGAUCAUCAAGGGCACCGGAAAUUUUGAUCUCCAGAAGAAGAUUGGCGAAGGACGUUUUGGAGAAGUAUACAGGGGCGACCUAGAAGUGGAAGGUGAGAACAUUUCAUUGGCUGUAAAAAGGAUAUCGCAGAACCUAUCAAAGAAAGGGAAAAAGAAAUCUUCUGAAUCGCAACAGGAAGUAGAAAAUGACACACGAAGGCAAAUUUUUUGCUUAUCUUUGAGCCAUGAGAAUCUUGUUCCGUUAUUGCAUCACCACUGUGAACAAGGUCUGCAUCUGCUGAUAUAUGAAUUCAUGGAAAAUGGAUCCCUUGAUCAAGCCUUGUUCAGUAAUGAUUCUGACACCGAUCCAAAGCCAGUAAAAAAGAUAAAGCUUGAUUGGAAAGCUCGAUUAGGUAUCUGCCUGGGGAUUGCAAAGGGUUUGGAGUACAUGCAUCAGAAAAAGCAUAUGGAAAUUAUUCAUGGGAAUGUGAAUGCCACCAAUAUCAUGCUCGAUGGAGAUCUUAAUGCUAAAUUAUCGGACUUCGGAUUGGCUUGCCUUUACCCGGACGAUCCAAUUUUCCAUUACAGACAGAAAAAUAGUGAGCAACUACAGCAUUUGGCACCUGAGUGGACAGAUCUUAACAUGAAAAAGACAACUAAAGCUGACGUGUAUAGUUUUGGAGUUCUGAUGCUUGAAAUUAUCUGUGGAAGAAAGGUUGCAGAGUAUGAUCCUUCAAGCAAGAGUACUAAAUCUCUAUUAGACGAUGUUUCAUCUGCAAAGGAAAUGAUUCUACGUCUGGUUGAUAAGAAAUUAACAAUGUCUAGCAAUAAAGAAAGGCGUCAGGCCCAGGAGAGUUUCGAGCUUGCCAGGGACUGCAUCAAGGUCAGUGCUAAUGAUAGGCCUACCAUGUCUCAUAUUGUCGAACGCCUCCAUGAGUUCACUGACGAGGGAGACCGAAGUGCUUCCCAAGUUGAUACACACUCAAUCGAACCCCAGGCCGAAAGCCUUAAAGAGUUCACUGACCAAGGAGACCAAAGUGCUUCCCAAGUUGAUACACAAUCGAUCCAACCCCAAACUUAAGCUCAUUGGUGGAGACAGUGACGGGGUAAGAGGUUGGCAGGGCCGCCACCACCCCGAUAAAAAUUUUAAUUUUUAAAUGCAAGUAUGAGUUUAUUUUUAA